AUGGCAUGUGAAACUCAGGCAAAUGAAGUGGUUACCCUGUUGAGUCCUACUAAUGAUGAUAUUCUAAUGUUUCUUUUGAUAUCUUCAAAGAUGCGUGAUUUUUGGAAACAAGUUGUUCAGGAAGCAACGUUUUAUUCUAGGGAUACGUCAAAUGUUGCCAGAGAAAUGAUCAAAGAGGCAAUUGUUGAGAAGCUUGACACCAAGAGCCUGAGUUCUGCCUCUAAUAGACUCUGUAUCGCAGACUUGGGAUGCUCAGUUGGACCAAAUACUUUCUUUGCUGUGCAAAACAUAAUAGAUGCCAUAGAAAACAAGCACAAAUCUGAAUAUGAUGGUUCGCAUAAGCUUGAAUUUCAGGUGUUCUUCAAUGAUCAUGCAUCCAAUGAUUUCAACACCCUUUUCACUUCUCUCCCACUUGAAAGGCAAUACUUUUCAGCAGGAGUGCCAGGCACCUUCUAUGAUCAGCUGUUUCCAUCAUCUUCCAUCCAUUUUGCACAUUCGUCUUAUUCACUGCAAUGGCUCUCUAAGGUGCCAGAAAAGUUGCUUGACCAAAAUUCUUCUUCUUGGAAUAAGGGGAAAAUACACUGUGCAGGUGCCUCGGAUGAAGUAGUCAAUGCUUAUGCAGCUCAAUUUGAAAAGGAUAUGGGGAUUUUCCUGAAUGCAAGAGCUAAAGAGAUCGUACCAGGAGGCAUGAUUGUACUUGUCAUACCAGGUAUCCCUGACGAGGUGCACCCUUCCGAGCUACCUGCUGGCAUUCUGUUCAACUUCCUUGGAUCCAGUCUUGUGGAUAUGGCUAAUGAGGGAAUCCUCAAUGAAGCUCAAAUUGAUUCCUUCAACUUACCAAUUUAUUCUGCAUCUCCAAAGGAGAUGGCUUCGCUGGUGAAGAUAAAUGGUUGUUUCAGUAUUGAAAGCAUGGAGGUGACGGAUCCUAGGUCCAAGAUUCAUGAUCCAAUGAAAUGUUCAAAAGGACUAUAA